GUUGUGCCCGGAACGUUCACUGUAGUUGCACUUUGCGGAACUAUUUCAUUGUUACUCCACGAUGGCAGCUGUGUUGAGGACACAUGUGCAGACUUCUGCUGAAUUAGGAGAAGACUCAGAGGACAACAGUGGGCAGAGUGACUGUGAAGGAGGGAGCAACAGUGAAAUGUGGGAUGAUGCAGGAGAAGAUGGCACAGAUGGUGAUGGAGGGAGUGACGGAGAGGAGGCAGAGGAUGAAGAUGCGGGUGAGGAGGAAGAUGGUGACGACAGCAACGCCAACGCUGGAUGGGCAGAGGCCAUGGCCAAGAUUCUGGGGAAGAAAACCCCAGAAAGCAAAACCAGCAUCCUGGUGAAGAACAAAGAGCUGGACAAGAUAAAGGAGAAGGAAAGAGAGGAGCAGCAGGAGAGAAAGAAACAGUUUGACAAGAAAAGAGCAUGGGAGAUGAUGUGCAGAGAGAAACCUGAUCUGGUGAAGGACCGUGAGACUGAAAGAGCUCUUCAGAGAAUCGCUACCAGAGGAGUGGUGCAGCUGUUCAACGCCGUGAGGAAGCACCAGAAAACAAUCGAUGACAAGGUGAAGGAAGUCGGAGGCUCAGAGAGGAAGAAGGCCAAGAUCCUUUCCUCUGUCUCCAAGAAGGACUUCAUCGACGUCCUGAGGAGGACGGAAGGAAGCAGCGGAGUCACCGUCAAGACUGAAAAGGACACCGGUGCGGCCGCAGAGGAGAAGCCCGCCUGGAGCGUCCUCAGAGACGACUUCAUGAUGGGAGCCACUAUGAAAGACUGGGACAAAGACAGCGAUGGAGAGGAGGCUGAGGCCCACACAGGAGGAGGAGGAGAUGCAGAGGACAGUGACUGACACCAUCCAUACAGACUGAAGGGACUGUGAUGCCCUCAAUCCCUCAACAGUGUCCUCCUCCUUCACAUGUCUGGAUCUGGAAAUGAAUACUUGGGGAAAUAAUGUAGUAAAUCCCAGCUCUUUAUCAGUUUGGGUUCUGCAUAGAAUGGAUGGAGAAAGUUUGGAAAUUGUGUCCCUUACUGAUAUUUGUUGAUGUAUCCUGCAGAGGUGGUACACUAAAAGAGUGUAAACAGGAUGUAAAAUAUAUAUAUUGAGAGAGCAGGAAGUGUGAAGGAGCUCCUCACUGUGGAGCUGCAGGUUCUGAGCUCCUGUGUGGAUUCCGUUUGUUCCCGUUUUGUGUACAACUAUUUUAUUAUUGAAAGAGCUUUGACUGUGUCAACCCUGUAAAUAGAAAUGUUUUGUACAGUGCUGGUUGAAUAAACAGCCAAUUCACA